AUGCUUUAUCGUGGCAUGUACACACAAACGCCUGUGUCUUUGUAUGCUUUGCUUAAUAUUGGGUUUAAAAUACGCCAAGGCAGCGAAUUCUCUGGAUUAGAAUCAGAACCAUCUGAUUCAGCUGAGGAAGGUUCUGGUAUUAUAUUGGUAGAAACUGACUCUUCAAGUCCAACACCCCCAGUGUCGGAUAAGAAGCCUGGGCUUCCAAAAAUCGACAGCCAUUGCUUUCUUGUGCUGCUGUGGUAUAAAAAGUGGAAGGAGCACAAGCACCAGCGUGACCUGAACCCGUUUUCGGAAGACAACAACCUGCGGCCAGAUAGACUCAACAUUGGUGGAACUGGGUUUGCAGAUGACGACCUCCCUCCUGGGUACGACAAUAUACAGGACAACAACUCAUUCGUUAUUGAGACAAUGGCGGCAGCUGCUGACGGUUCAUAG